GUCUGUUUUUCGCCCUCAACUCGUUGUUAGCAAUGCCGCAGGUUAAUCUCAAACUGAGUUCACACGAUCAGCAGGUGCUGGAGUCCAUCUUCAAUCCCCUGGAGCUGAGCAGCAUUCAUCCGAGUGUAUCCGUGCCAUGUGAGUCCGAGCUGGCUGAUGUCGAGCCCGACACGGAGGCUGUGAGAUCUUCCAGGGAGCUGGAGCUUCAAGGGGUUCUACUAACGGAAAAGGGAAGUUUAGACGAAGCUUUGACGCAAUUCCAGCUGGCCCUGAACCAGGCCCAAAGAGCUUCGGUGCUGAACAACCGAGCGCAGACUCUUCGUCUGGCGAAACGAGAUGGGGAGGCGCUUGAUGACCUUAACAAAGCUUUGGAAAUUGCCAGCGACGAACAGACCCGCACCAAGUGCCAUGCCCAUUGUCAGCGGGGAGUGUUAUACAGAAAACUGGAUAACUUGGAUGCGGCGCGAUCUGAUUUCGAGGCAGCCGCCCAACUGGGCAGUAAAUUUGCCAGAGAACAGCUCGUGGAAAUCAAUCCAUAUGCGGCACUCUGCAACCAAAUGCUGCGUCAGGCCUUCGAUCAGCUGCAGUAGGGGAGGAUCCAAUCCAAUCCCAUUCUGUCACGGUGCCCUAGACUUUGAUUUUACUAAAAGUCAAAGGCUCGUUAGCAUAAAUAAAAAUUAA